GUCUCACCAAAUCCUGUAGAAACACUGAACGUACAAAAGCACCAUUCAGAGCACUUUAUCAAACACAUACUGAAACUCUGAGCUCUUGAAAUACAGUGUGGAUAUAAUGAGUGAGAUCUGUGUGAAUGUGUCUCUCCUCAGUCGUGGUCAGUUCGUCUCCGCGUCAGUAUCACUUUGUGAAUCAGAAGAAGAACUGGACUGAAGCUCAGAGAUACUGCAGAGAGAAAUACACAGAUCUGGUCUCUAUCAAUGACAUGAAUGAACAGAAGGAUAUAAAUCAGCUCCUAAAGAGAGAGAACAGUGCUGACCGUGUCUGGAUUGGGCUGCAGGACGCAUGGGAUUGGUCUCUGAAUAACUCUGACUUCUACAGAGGAGAUGAGUCUCAGUUUAGGAAGAGGGGACCAGAUCAACCAAAUGGAGAUGGAGACUGUGUUUUUAUGAAGAGUGAUGGACAAUGGCAUGAUAUGAGCUGUGCUACCCAAACACAUUUCAUCUGCUAUAAUGGCAGCAGUAAAGGAUUCGUCCCUGUACAGGAGAAAAAGAACUGGAUUGAAGCUCAGAAACACUGCAGAGAGAAACACACAGAUCUGGCCAGUGUGAGGAAUGAGACGGAGAAUAAUCAGAUAAAGAAAAUCAUAAACCAGAACCUAACUUCACCUAAUCAAGCCUGGAUCGGUCUGCAAAGAUCCUGGAAUUGGUCAGACAACAGCAACUUCAUAUCCCCUCUCUGGAGCAGUGGUCAGCCCAAUAGCAGAGAUGGCAAAAACAGCAUCUGUGCAUCAACUGGUAUCAGUGAUGAAGGACGAUGGACAGACGAGCGUUGUUCAGAUCAGCAUCUCUUUGUGUGUUAUGAUGAUAAACUCGUUCUGAUCCGAGAGAAUAAGACGUGGACUGAAGCUCUGAGAUACUGCAGAAAUAUGAGCAUGGACCUGGUGUCGGUGGAUUCGGAGCAGAUGCAGAAGCGGGUGAUGAAUGUGACCUCGAGCGCUCUCUCUGAUCACGUGUGGCUGGGUCUGCGUCACUCCUGCACAGUGGGGAUCUGGUUCUGGGUCAAUGGUUACACCGUGUGCUAUGAUCAGUGGGCUUCUAGUUAUGACACUGGACUGAACAACUGCACUUCGACAGUCAGAUCUGGAGUCAUUCGAAAGAAUGAUAAUCGCUGGAUCAGCCGCCUUGAAACUGAUAGAUACAACUUCAUCUGCAUCAAGUGAGUGCUGGAGAGUACCUGAUUACAUGUGAUCCAGAUUACAAAUAUUCUGUACUUGUAAUUAGAUUACACUGCAUCUCAUUGGCUACCAUUACAUGCACACUUUUUGGUUCAAUCAGACUGAAUUCAUUAUGAUUGAUGCAUCUGAUUAUUGUGUUUACAUGAAUGCUAAAUAAAGUGAUCUGGUUGAUGUGUUUAUAUAUCACAAGCUUCAAAUCAGAAUAGAUUUUUUUAGACAUGCGCACACUGCUCAAAUAGUGAAAGUGAAAGUGACAUAUAGAUAAUAUUGACUUUUCAC